CCACGCCUUGCCCAGACUUCAAAAUCCACUCUACAGUCAUUGUCUAGAAUCACCUCGAAACAAUGGCUAUCAUCAAGUACGCUAUUCCCGCUCUCGCUGCGGCCCAGGUCGCCAUCGCUGCCAGCUGUGGUAGCAAGGGCGACAGCAUCAACAUUGCCAGCCAGAGCGAUGCCGAUAGCUACGCCACUUGCACGAAGCUCACCGGUGACGUCGUGAUCAGCGAACACUUCUCUGGUGACCUGAGCCUCAACGGCGUCUACGAGAUCACUGGUGGAUUGUCGAGCGAUGGCGCCACCAACCUUACCUCGCUCACGUCUCCUAGCUUGGGCACCAUUGGCGAGACCUUCAAGCUGAACGGGCUGACCACUCUGACCACCCUCAGCUUGACCAACCUGACCAGCGUUGGAGGCAUCUCCUGGACUGCCCUGCCCGAGCUUCAGUCUCUCGACUUCGCCAAGGGUGUCUCGGAGGCUGGUUCCGUCGAGAUCACCAACACUGGUCUCACCAGCUUGGACGGUAUCUCCCUGAAGAGUGUCGGCAGCUUCGACAUCACCGAGAACACCAACCUCAAGACCGUCAACGUCAACGACCUGACCAACGCCACCGGCCUUAUCAACUUCGCUGGUAACUUGGACUCCCUCGAGAUUAUCCUUCCCAACCUUGCCGGUGGUACCAACAUGACCUUCCGCAACGUCAGCGCUGUCUCCAUUCCCUCUCUCAAGGAGCUGAGCGGACAGCUUGGUUUCUGGGGCAACUCUUUCACCAACUUCAGCGCCGCCAACCUGACCAGCACUGGUGACCUCGUCUUCGAUGGCAACAGCGACCUUGCCAACAUCAGCAUGCCCGUCCUCAAGACCGUCAACGGUGGUUUCCAGAUUGCUCGUAACGACAAGCUCAAGGAGAUUUCUUUCCCCGAUCUUGAGACCGUUACUGGUGCCAUUGACUUCAGCGGUGAAUUCAACUCUGUUAAGCUUCCUGCUCUUGAGGAGGUCAAGGGUGGUUUCAACGUGCAGAGCACCGGUAACCUGACCUGCGACACUUUCCAGAAGAUGCACAGCAGCAACGUCAUCCGCGGUACCUACAAGUGCACCCAGACCGCCAACCCUACCACCAAGGACGGAUCUUCUGGCACCACCACUUCCACCGGCAGCAGCGGCUCCUCCUCUUCCACUUCCAGCGACAGCGCCUCUGUCAUGAACAUCGCCAACGUUCCCGCCAUGGGAGUUGCUGCCAUCUUCGGUGCCUUCGUCCAGUACCUUUUGUAAAGGACGCUCGAGAGCAAUUAUUUGUGUGUACCGCUUUUGUUAAACCCCUAUGAUGGUUGUUGUGUGUAAAGUUGCCUAAGAAGCAAUUGGUCGUUAAUCCCAGUACUCUGCUGUUCUUAUGAUAAUAAUUUGAAUAUUGGGUUGAGCAACAUUUGUGCAGCAGUGCUUGCCUUUGAAGAGAUGAUCGUUUAUCCUUGUUUUCUAUCCUGCUUCAAUAGCGAGACGAGGCUACGGGUUAGUGGACGGUCCCCGGUUUGGCGCCUGUGAGCGGUCUCGACGUGUGUUAUAGACGUUCCUUUGCUGUUUGCUCUGCCCCGUUGCACGAUAGUACGUUACUUCUGUAUUCCAUUAAUUCAUCGUCCAUAUUUCAUC